AUGUCUGCAUCAUCGACUGUAUUUGGUAUCCCAGAGCUGCUCCAGCAAAUUGCCUCAGAAUCACCGCCCCUUGAUUUAAUCCACUACCACCGAGUUAGCCGAUGGCAGAACUCAUCGCGAACUCUCCGCUCCUGCAGUACAAGUCUUGACCGGAAAACGCUUACCUACUCUGUUCCACGAGUCAAAGUCGAUGAUCUCAUGCCCGAAGUCGACUUCUGGAACCCUGCUUGUCCCUCUAAUCCUGAGGCAGAAACUGCCUACCAAACCAAGCGCUAUCUCUGCAACAUUGUCAAGCAUCUCAAUUUAAUCAUCGCAGCGAGUAUCCUGGAAGACGUGUCUAAGGACCCUCGUUACUCCUUUGACCCAAUGCAGAACAUGGAUUAUGGCGGCUUCAGAGGUGUAUAUGCAAAAUUCGAAGCUGUAUUGAGAUGGGGUGAGAUCUAUGAAUUUCUGAAUCCGUUUGGCCUCGUGCUUGGCGGCCGCGUGUGGCAAGUUGGAACUGGUUCAAUCCUUGGGCCAGGGAUGACCUUCUUGAGCCAGCAGCACGGUUGGAUGUCAAACAUCGUUUUCUAUUACGAGCUUGUGACUGGUGCAGGCCAUAUCCUCCAGGUCAAUCAACAGAGGUACCCCGACUUGUUUUGGGCACAAAGGGCAGGUGGGAAUAAUUUUGGCAUCGAUACACGGUUCGAUCUCAAGACCUACCCAGUCGGUCCGAUCUUCGCACUUAACAAAUUGUUUCUCGGGAACACUGACCAAGAAUUUAUGGAUGCAAUGACUGCGUGGCCGUUGCGUAGCGGGGGUCAUGAAGAUGUCAAAGGCGAGCUCAUGCCAAGCACACGGUAUACAACAUCUAGCGACACGCUGGAUGCCGCCAUAACCGCGCGUUAUGAUUGGAACAUCGACAAUCCACUGGCGUUCGAAAAUUUCACUGCAAUUGCGGGGGCUGUUGACAUCGGGAGCGGAGUACAAAAUUUUAGUCAGCUCGUCAACACUACGAGCACUCAAUUCGGUACGGGAUCUUUCAGAUGGAACUGGUAUUCCACCUCGAUAAGAUUCAGCAAUAGAACUAUGAAUAUACUCGUGGAGACGAUGGUGGAAACAGCCAAAGAAUUACUAACCGACUUGAGUGGCUUUUUGGGUGUAGCAGAUGAGCCUAUCUCAAGGUAUUACGCUGCUGCUGCUCUGUCAAAUGGAGGGGAUCCUUAUAAUCUAGAUCCCGAAGCCAUAGAAGGUGGCUUAUUGGUCGCGGAUUUCUACGUCGCUUCCAAUUUGGCUUCUGAGGACGCCGCAGUUGAAAAUUAUCUUCAGACGUUGAUCGAAAGGGUUGAGGAGAAAUCAAAUAAGUAA